AUACUAUACACUAUUUAAAGAGCUCUCCGCUUUCUUUCUUGUACUGGGAGUAGCUCUGUUCAUACCUCAUCACCAGAGAAAUGGGAAAGGUUAAUCUCGAGGAUAAUGACACCAAAGAGAAGAAAACAGAGUUUAGCUUAGUACGGGUCAAAGAUACCUGGAAGUGCAAAAGAGGGAAAAAGGUCACAGCUGAUAAUCUGUCUGCUGCAAAAAUCUAUGAGAGCAUCACCGAAAACAGCACCAGUUGGACAGUGGUCAGCCCCAUCGUCUUCACUUACAAGGUUAUUGAGACCCAGGACUUGCUGGACCCGAGCAACCAAACGCUCCUGCUGGGACACAUCAACGACCCGCAACAGUUGGAGGACAUGAAAAAAUCAAACAAGCAAAUUAGACGCUUUUUGGUUGUAGACCAAGAAGUCUACAAGUUUUAUGGUCCCAAGCUCACUGAAUAUUUGGAAACCAACAAGGUCCUGUACAAGAUUUUAGCUCUACCCACAACUGAGGAGAACAAAUCCAUGACAAUGGCCUUGAAGAUCCUAGAGGAAGUCAACAACUUCUCCCUUGACCGUCGCACAGAGCCCAUCAUUGCCAUUGGUGGAGGGGUGUGCCUGGACAUAGUGGGCCUGGCUGCCUCACUCUACAGAAGACGGACCCCUUACAUCAGGGUCCCGACCACUCUGCUCUCCUACAUCGAUGCCAGCGUGGGAGCAAAGACUGGGGUUAACUUUGCAAACUGCAAGAACAAGUUAGGUGCCUACAUCCCCCCCGCCGCUGCCUUCCUUGAUCUGUCCUUCAUACAAACUGUUCCACGACGACAGAUCUCCAACGGACUAGCUGAGAUGUUAAAGAUGGCCUUGAUGAAACACAGAGGCCUCUUCGAACUUCUUGAGACACAUGGCCGUAUGCUGUUGGACACUAAAUUCCAAGCUGACAACAGGGUAUACGGACGCAACUGCAUGCAGGUGGCAUCACAAGCAACUCGUAUAGCCAUCGUGACCAUGCUGGAGGAACUUGCCCCAAACCUUUGGGAGGAUGACCUGAACAGACUUGUCGACUUUGGUCACCUUAUCAGCCCAGCAUUAGAGAUGAAAGUUCUCCCAUCUCUGCUGCAUGGUGAAGCAGUGAACAUUGAUAUGUCUUACAUGGUUUACGUGUCCAAAGAGAGAGGUCUAUUGACAGAAGAAGAAAAGCACAGGAUCAUCAACUGCAUGGUGGGCCUGGAGCUGCCUGUCUGGCAUGAGGCGUUUACCAUGGAGCUCAUACAGAAGUCUCUGCAGGACAGGCUGAAGCAUUCGGGAGGCUUGGUCCGAAUGCCACUCCCUGUCGGUCUUGGGGAAGCGGAAAUUUUGAAUGACACAUCCUGUGAGAUCCUGCACAGAGCUUACGUAAAAUGGUGUGACGAGCUGAGCGUCUCCUCGGACAGCAACUCUGACUCUUAAACUGCCCACAGCACGACUGCAUUAGUUCAAUUGUUUUGUUAGAGAAAAUGUUUAAAUGUUGUUGGGAGUUGUAUAUACUUCUGGUUUUGUACUCUUUUUCUCUACUUUUGUUCAAAUGUUUGGGAAAAAUAAACUAUAAUUGAUAGCAUUCACCUAUGCUAUUUUCACAUUAAAAGA